UAAGAGUUUUUUAUGCAACGUCAAUGAAAUGGUGAUUCAACGACUGGCAAAUUAAAUGUUUGAAGCUCCAAAGGAACAAGUAUAAAUAAGCAGCUCCAGUAAGUGUCGUAUCAUAAGUCACCUAACGUUGCAGCACCACAAUACUGUGAAACAGUGACGAUGAUUCUUAAGUCGUGCGUAGUGUUAUGCUGCGUGCUAGUUUGUGUGUUGGGAGAUGAAAAGUACACGGACAAAUAUGAUAACGUUAACUUGCAAGAGAUUUUAGAAAACAAGAGACUCUUAGAAGCUUAUGUCAACUGCGUCCUUGAUAAAGGAAAAUGCAGUCCUGAAGGCAAAGAAUUGAAGGAACACAUCCAGGACGCUUUGGAGACCGGCUGCGAAAAAUGUACCGAUAAACAAAUGGAAGGAACCACCACCAUGAUCGACCACUUGGUUAAACAUGAACGAGCUAUGUGGAAGGAGCUGACGGACAAGUUCGACCCCAAAGGAAUCUGGAGGAAGAAGUACGAGGACCGCGCGAGAGAAAAGGGCAUUGUCAUCCCAGAAGAUUAAAAUGAUAUUAACGAAGAAAAUCGUGUUACUUCGCAAAUGUGAUUUAUAUUAAAUUUUGUAUUCACUUCUA